AUGGGAGCAAAAGGGCCUUGGAUUCAACUCCAGAAAUUUCUGGCCUCCUGGCUGGUUGGAGAGCAAGACUGGGACCAGCACCUGGACCAGGUCUACAUGCUGCAGCAGAAGAGGAUAUGGGAGUCUCCACUGCUUCAGGCAGCCAAGGAAAAUGACCUGUGUACACUUAAGAAACUUCUGUUGGAACAAAAUUGUGACUUUCGACAAAGAGGAGCCCUGGGGGAGACGGCACUGCACGUAGCGGCCCUCUAUGACAACCUGGAGGCCGCCAUGGUGCUGAUGGAGGCCGCCCCAGACCUGGUCCAGGAGCCCACCGUGUGUGAGCCUUUUUUAGGUCAGACUGCCCUGCACAUCGCUGUCAUGAACCAGAACGUGAACCUGGUGCGCGCCCUGCUUGCCCACGGGGCCAGCGUCUCUGCCAGAGCCACAGGCACCGCCUUCCAACGCAGUCCCCACAACCUCAUCUACUAUGGGGAGCACCCUUUGUCCUUUGCUGCCUGCGUGGGCAGCGAGGAGAUUGUGCGGCUGCUCAUUGAGCACGGAGCUGACAUUCGGGCCCAGGACUCCCUGGGAAACACAGUGCUGCACAUCCUCAUCCUGCAGCCCAACAAAACCUUUGCCUGCCACAUGUACAACCUGCUGCUGUCCUAUGAUGGAGGGGACCACCUGCAGCCCCUGGAGCUCGUGCCCAAUCACCAGGGCCUCACCCCCUUCAAGCUGGCUGGAGUAGAGGGCAACACUGUGAUGUUCCAGCACCUGAUGCAGAGGCGGAAGCACAUCCAGUGGACAUAUGGACCCCUGACAUCCACUCUCUACGACCUCACAGAGAUUGACUCCUGGGGAGAGGAGCUGUCCUUUCUAGAACUUGUGGUCUCCUCCAAGAAGCGGGAGGCUCGCCAGAUCUUGGAACAGACCCCAGUGAAGGAGCUGGUGAGCUUCAAGUGGAAGAAAUAUGGGCAGCCAUACUUCUGUAUCCUGGGUGCCUUGUACAUUCUCUAUAUGAUAUGCUUCACCACAUGUUGUGUCUACCGCCCCCUCAAGUUCCGUGUUGGCAACCGAACAAAUCCUCGAGAUAACAUCAUCUUCCAACAGAAACUACUACAGGAGGCCUAUGUGACUUACCAGGAUCACAUCCGGCUGGUGGGGGAGCUGGUGACCGUCAUCGGGGCUGUGAUUAUCCUGCUUCUAGAGAUCCCAGACAUUUUCAGAGUUGGUGCCUCUCGCUAUUUUGGACAGACAAUCCUCGGGGGGCCAUUCCAUGUCAUCAUCAUCACCUAUGCCUCCCUGGUGCUGGUGACCAUGGUGAUGCGGCUCACCAACAUGAACGGAGAGGUGGUACCCAUAUCCUUGGCCCUGGUGCUGGGCUGGUGCAGUGUCAUGUACUUUGCUCGAGGAUUCCAGAUGCUGGGUCCGUUCACCAUCAUGAUCCAGAAGAUGAUUUUUGGGGACCUGAUGCGUUUCUGUUGGCUGAUGGCCAUGGUUAUCCUGGGAUUUGCCUCUGCGUUCUGUAUCAUUUUCCAGACAGAGGACCCAGCCAACCUGGGGGAAUUCUCUGACUACCCCACGGCACUGUUCAGCACCUUUGAGCUGUUCCUUACCAUCAUCGAUGGCCCUGCCAACUACAGCGUAGAUCUGCCCUUCAUGUACAACCUCACCUAUGCUGCCUUCGCCAUCAUCGCCACACUGCUCAUGCUCAACUUGUUCAUCGCCAUGAUGGGCGACACCCACUGGAGAGUGGCUCAGGAGCGUGACGAGCUCUGGAGGGCCCAGGUCGUGGCCACCACCGUGAUGCUGGAGAGAAAGAUGCCUCGCUUCCUGUGGCCUCGCUCAGGGAUCUGCGGGUGCGAGUAUGGCCUGGGGGACCGCUGGUUCUUGCGGGUCGAGAACCAUCAUGACCAGAAUCCUUUGCGAGUGCUCCGUUAUGUGGAAGCUUUCAAAUGCUCCGACAAGGAGGAUGGACAGGAGCAGCUGUCUGAGAAACAGCCCUCUGUGACUGAGGUUGGAACUCUAGCCAGAGCCUCUCUGGUUCUUCAAACUCCGUCCCUGUCCAGGACCACAUCUCAAAGCAGCAACAGCCACCGGGGCUGGGAGAUCCUUCGUCGUAACACCCUGGCACACUUGAAUCUUGGACUGGACCUUGGUGAGGGGGAUGGAGAGGAGGUCUACCAUUUCUGAUGAGGAUUCCCUGACUCUUGGCCUGACUCC